GUCUGACUCUGGUCUAAUGGGAGGAGGCCCCACCAGCAGGGAGAGAGUGAGGCGAGAGGGAGAGCCUGCAGGGCAGACGCUGAGGAUCACGCGUCCUGUGACUCUCCCCUGUUCCCCUGCCACUCUCCGAACCACUGGUCACCAUGGCUACUUCGAAGUUGCCCAUGGUGUGUGGGGAGGAGGAGACGACCAUCCUCAUGGCAAAGGAAGAGCUGGAGGCCCUGCGCACAGCCUUUGAGUCAGGUGACAUUCCCCAGGCUGCCUCUCGCCUCCGGGAGCUGCUGGCCUCCUCGGAAAGCACCCGUCUGGAGGUGGGCAUCACAGGCGAGUCGGGAGCUGGCAAGUCAUCCCUCAUCAACGCCCUGCGUGGCCUGGGAGCUGAGGACCCCGGCGCAGCUCUCACAGGCGUUGUGGAGACCACAAUGCAACCCUCGCCCUAUCCGCACCCACAGUUUCCUGACGUGACCCUGUGGGAUCUGCCAGGGGCUGGCUCUCCGGGCUGCUCGGCUGACAAGUACCUGAAGCAGGUGGCCUUUGGCCGCUAUGACUUCUUCCUGCUGGUCUCCCCCCACCGCUGCGGGGCUGUUGAGACCCGCCUGGCCUCAGAGAUCCUGCGCCAGGGCAAGAAGUUCUACUUUGUGCGCACAAAGGUGGAUGAGGACCUGGUGGCCACGCGAACCCAGCGGCCCUCAGGCUUCAGCGAGGCCGCUGUCCUGCAGGAGAUCCGAGACCACUGUGCCGAGCGCCUGCGGGCGGUCGGGGUGACCGACCCCCGCAUCUUCCUCGUGUCCAACCUCUCACCGGCCCACUACGACUUUCCGAUGCUCGUGUCCACCUGGGAGCGCGACUUGCCUGCCCACCGGCGCCACGCUGGCCUGCUGUCGCUGCCCGGUAUCUCACUGGAGGCUCUGCAGAAGAAGAAGGACAUGCUCCAGGAGCAAGUGCUCAAGACGGCCCUGGUGUCCGGCGUUAUCCAGGCCCUGCCCGUGCCAGGGCUGGCGGCCGCCUAUGACGACGCCCUGCUCAUCCGCUCGCUGCGCGGCUAUCACCGCAGCUUCGGCCUGGACGAUGACUCGCUGGCCAAGCUGGCUGAGCAGGUGGGCAAACAGGCGGGGGACCUGCGCUCCGUCAUCCGCUCCCCGCUGGCUAAUGAGGUCUCGCCUGAGGCUGUCCUGCGGCUCUACUCACAGUCGUCCGGUGGCGCCAUGCGGGUGGCCCGUGCCUUUGAGAAGGGCAUCCCUGUGUUUGGUACGCUGGUGGCUGGUGGCAUCAGCUUUGGCACUGUCUACACCAUGCUCCAGGGCUGUCUCAAUGAGAUGGCUGAGGAUGCCCAGCGGGUCCGCAUCAAAGCCCUUGAGGAGGAUGAGCCCCAGACUGAGGUCAGCUUGGAGGCAGCUGGUGACAAUGGUGUGGAAAAGCGGGGAUCCAGGGAGGGAGGCUGCGAGGACGCCCCGCUCUCGACCCGCCGGAAGCUCGGCCUCCUUCUCAAGUACAUUCUUGACAGCUGGAAGAAGCGUGACUUAGAAGAGAAAUAAAAGUGCAGCUCCCAGCCCCUGCCUCACCCACAAACGAAGCCUUAACAAAACCAGCCAACUAACCAA